AGACACGGUGAAUUAGCACCACCAAUGGGAACUGGCCUCUCAGCUCUAUGCCUUUCUCCAACCAAGCUGAAAUAAGUCUCAUAAGUUCAGUCAUCCUCUGGAAUCUGAAUCUUCCUCCAGCAUCUGAGUCAGACUGAGAGGACAGCAGAACUGCUGGAUGUGCUCUGCUGCCAGUGGGACCUCUGCAGUUCCCCCUCCUCAGUGCCAGCUAUGAGUUCCUGCAACUUCACACAUGCCACCUUUGUACUUAUUGGUAUCCCAGGACUAGAGGAAGCCCAUUUCUGGUUCGGCUUCCCCCUGCUUUCAAUGUACGCCGUGGCCUUGUUUGGAAACUGCAUUGUAGUCUUUAUUGUAAGAACAGAGCGCAGACUGCAUGCUCCCAUGUACCUCUUUCUCUGCAUGCUGGCAGCCAUUGACCUGGCCUUGUCCACAUCCACCAUGCCCAAGAUCCUUGCCCUCUUCUGGUUUGACUCCCGGGAGAUUUCUUUUGAUGCCUGCCUUGUCCAGAUGUUCUUCAUUCAUGCUCUCUCAGCCAUUGAAUCCACCAUCCUACUGGCCAUGGCCUUUGACCGUUAUGUGGCCAUCUGUCACCCACUGCGCCAUGCUGCAGUGCUCAAUAAUACAGUAACAGCCCAGAUUGGCAUGGUGGCUGUGAUCCGCGGAUCCCUCUUCUUUUUCCCACUGCCACUACUCAUCAAGCGGCUGGCCUUCUGCCACUCCAAUGUGCUCUCACACUCCUACUGUGUGCACCAGGAUAUGAUGAAGUUGGCCUAUGCAGACACAUUGCCCAAUAUGGUCUACGGUCUUACUGCCAUUCUCCUGGUCAUGGGCGUGGAUGUCAUGUUCAUCUCCUUGUCCUACUUUCUGAUUAUACGAACAGUUCUGCAACUGCCGUCCAAGUCAGAAAGGGCCAAAGCCUUUGGGACCUGUGUAUCACACAUUGGUGUGGUCCUGGCCUUCUAUGUGCCACUCAUCGGCCUCUCGGUGGUGCACCGCUUUGGAAACAGCCUUGAUCCAAUCGUGCAUGUUCUCAUGGGGGAUGUCUACCUGCUGCUGCCUCCUGUAAUCAAUCCCAUCAUCUACGGUGCCAAGACCAAGCAGAUCAGAACACGGGUGCUGGCUAUGCUCAAGAUCAGUUGUGACAAGGACAUUCAAGCUGUGGAACAUAGGUGACCCUUGCCAUCCUAAUUCCCCUUAUCCUUACUGGUUUAAUAUAAUUAUUUCAUAACACUAAUUUAAUUCUAGUUGCCUGUAAACAUAUCAGUGCUUUUCUCCAGCUGGAAUAGUAAACUACAGUCUAGUCGCUUCAUGGAAUAAUAAGUAGGAUAAUCCAUAUUAAUGGAAUAUUAUCUGGUUAAAAGACUAUAAAAAUGAAACAUUGUAAUAUUAA